AUGAGACGAGACAUACUCAUUGUCGGAGCUUCCGGCCAACAAGGUAAAGCAACCAUCGAUGCUCUCUACCAGUCCAAGAAGUUGUCGCUAGCUCAGUUCCGAAUACUGGCCUUGACACGGUCCACGUCGUCAUCAAAAGCGCAGGCACUCAAAUCGACAUAUCCUGAUAUCAUCCUUGUCCAAGGCGACACCCAGGCACCAGAGGCCAUCUUCAAGGCUUAUCCAUCCAUCUCAUCAGUUUUCCUGGUCACCGUCCCUCCAGAUGACGAAGCCCAGGCCUUCCCACUCAUACAAGCAGCCGUCUCAAGCCCGCAGUUUGACCACUUUGUCUUCUCUAGCGUUGAUCGAGGAGGCGACACUGUGAGCUGGUCCCAGCCAACGCAAGUACCCCACUUUGCUGCCAAACAUCGCGUCGAGCUCUACCUCCGUCAGGCGUGCUCCGAUGCGUCUAAACGGUGGACCGUACUACGACCGACCGGCUUCAUGGAUAGCUACAACCCUGGAUUCUUCGGGCAACUCAUGGUGUCUCUAUGGGCGGCGGGCAUGCCAGCGGACCGCAAGAUGCAGAUGGUGAGUACCCAUGACAUUGGGAUUUUCGCGGCCAAGGCGCUAUUGGACCCUGAGGGAUGGGCUGGAAGGGCUGUUGCUCUGGCUGGCGAUGAGUUAAGCUUGACUGAGCUGCGCCAUGCAUUUCAGUGGGCGGUAGGCAAGACGCUGCCGGAGACAUACAAAGUUGUAGCGUAUCCUGUAUUAUGGAUGGUAGCCGACGCCGCCAAGAGCUUUGAGUGGUUCAGUACUGAAGGAUGGGAUGCAGAUAUAACUGGCCUAAGGGAGGAGGUGCCGGAGUUGCAAGACUUUGAGACAUGGCUUCGGGAGUCAAGCAAAUGGGAGUGUGUUGACAGUGGUAGAUAG